AUGAUGCUUCGCCAGACCCUCGUCCGCCUACCGCGGCCAGCGGUUGCGCACGCGCGCGCCAUGUCCUCCAUUCCGGCCAACGUGCAGAAGUGGAUCGACGAUGCCAAGUCGCGUCCCCCACAAGUCGACGUCGACGUGAUCGAGGCAGGGCGCGCAGCCAAGCUCCGCACCACGCUGCCGCUGCAGAACGAGGCUGCCGGACUGGCUGAGGAGGGCGGCUUCCUUCCUAAGGGCGACAACCUGAUCUACUGGCAGCCCAGCGCGUUCAUGGACCAGCUCGCGGCCGACGGCACCUCGACGGAAUACAAUGCGCCCGAGCCGUACUCCCGCCGCAUGUGGGCUGCGGGGUCUUGGGAGUGGCGCCGUGACGCUGGACUCACAGUUGGCGGCAAGGUGUGUCAGUCGACGAUCAUCAAGGAUGCCGAGGUCAAGGGCCCCAUGAUGUUUGUAUACACACAGCGCGACCUGUACGACUCGGAGAAGCCCGAGGGCGACUGGGCAAUCCGCGAGACGCGCACCCACGUCUUCUUCCCCGACGUGAAGAAGAGCGAGGAGGGGACGAACAAGCCGAAGAAGAAGCCUAUGGCCUCGGACAUGCCUGACCCUGCCUACGAGCACGUGUACACUCCUACGUCGCCGCUGCUGUUCCGGUACAGUGCAAUGACCUGGAACGCGCACAAGAUCCACUACGACUUGGACUGGACACGCCAGGUCGAGGGCCACCCCGACCUGGUUGUUCAUGGCCCGCUCACGGCGCAGCUGCUCGUCGAGACCGCCAAAAACGCGGCUGACGAUGUGGCUGGCAUUCUGAAAAAGUUCGAGUACCGCGCCACGCAUCCGAUGUACGUCAACAAGCCGAUCAAGCUUAGGGCUGCGUGGUUGGGCCCCCGAGGGUCCAAGCUCUUGCUCUGGGCCGAGCAGGACGGCGUUGUGGGUAUGAAGGGGACAGCGGACAUUGACGCCGUGUUGUAG